AAACUCAGCAACUAAUAAACGAACUCUUUAAGAGAUUCUCAGAAAACCACAAAGAAAACAUGAAACAUGGAAUGUGUUUACUGCUGCUUACAGUUUCAGUGGCAGUGAUCUGGUCCACAACGACGGUUUCUUCUCAAUCUGACUGCACAAAUGUUCUUAUAAGCAUGGCGCCGUACUGUCUAGGCUACAUCACUGGGAACUCUAUUUGUAAUGACCCACCUCCACUAUCCCCACUAUCUCCACCAUCUCCACCAUCCCCACCACACCCACCAUCUCCACCAUCCCCAACUUCUUUAAAGAGAAAGAGAGAGAGAGGGAGGGAGAGAGAGAGAGAGAAAGAGAGAGAGAAAGAGAGAGAAAGCUCACCUGAGCUCGUCGCCGGAGCAAUCGUGUGCCGUGAUCACGUUCAGCUUGCCACCACCGACAAACGCCCUAGGCCAUCAUCGUGUUCCUCUCGUCGAGACGAAGCCGUAGACACCAACCACGCCUCAAACGGAGCCCGGACGAAGCCGCACGCGCCUCCCGAAGAUUCGCUUCGGCGCGCGCGUGAAACACACGCGCCACCGCCGUCCGCCGGAGCCACCGCGAGUUCCGGCCACGCGCCGCCGUCUCCGACCAACGUUCGCCGGAGCCGCCGUGACCGACCACCGUCCGUCCGCCGCCGAGAAGCCGCCGCCGCGUCGCCGCCUCGCCGCCGUCGCCGCCGUUGAUUUUCCGGUAAGCCGCCGCCGUCGCCGUCGGCGACCGACAGCGGUGACUCGCCGGUGACUCGCCAACUCGGCCGAGUCAACCCGAUUUGGAGUCCAUUUGAGCAGCUGGAGUUCAUAGAUACCACCUCUUAUUGUUGCUAAGAUGCCGCCAAGGAGAAGAACCACCCGUGCCCAGACCGCCAGAGCCGUUAGAGACAAUGUAGAUGAGCAUGAGCAGCCCGCAGUUCCACCACCCGCGGCUCCACCAGUUGAUCAGGAUGCAUUGAGACAGAUGGUUCAGGAUGCCGCUAGACAGGCCGCUCAGGAAGCACUUCAGCAGAUUGCCCAGGAGGCAGCCAGGCAGGCCGCUCAGGAGGCCGCCCGAGUAGCUGCUCAGGAGGUUGCUCGUCAGAUGGCUGCCGUUCAGCAGGGACCGCAGAUUCAGGUUCAGCAAGUUCCACUGGUUCAUGUCCAACAAGAUCAGCAGAUUCCAGCUCAGCAUGAUCAUCAGGAUCCCGUUCAGCAGGUUCCCCUUCCACAGGUUCCUCUGCAGCAGGGUCCAGUUCAGCAGUUUGCUCAUGGUGUUCAGGAUCUACCGCCACCACCACCGCGACCUCAUGUUUACCCGGUUUAUAAUGAGAGGUUCUACAGGCUGACAUGUCAGAUGAGAAACAUGGAGAUGGAGCAUUUUAGCGGGACAGUGGAUGCUGUAGCUGCACACGAUUGGAAGUUAGCCUUGCAGCGGAAGCUGGAGAUUAUUGAGUGUCCACCAGAGUUGUCGCUCAGAUUGACUAUGCAGUACCUUCGUGGAGAUGCUCUUAUAUGGUGGGAGGGAAUACGAUUGAGCCAUUUUGGGCCAGAGAGACUUACUUUCGCUGAUUUCAUUCGAGAGUUCGAUAGGAAAUACUUUCCGAAGGAAGCGAUGGAUAGGAAGAAGUGCGAGUUCGAGCAUGUAAGCCAGGGAGAGAUGUCUAUCAGGGAGUAUGAGGUUGUGUUCAACCAACUUCGCAGAUUUGCAGGAGUGGGCAUUUCAGAAGAAGACUUGAUUAGAAAGUUUUUGAGUGGGAUGCGAGUGGAGAUUCGUAACAGGUGUCGCGUAGUCACUUACCACCGGUUGGGAGAUUUGGUGGAGAAAGCUGCCGAGCAGGAGGCAGGCUUGGCGGAGGAGAAGGAACUCGCCAAAGCAGUUCAUGUUAAGUCUGGAAAAGCUCCAGAGUCUCAAAGGAGAGCAGGGGACCCGUCGGGAUUACCGAUAUGUCCUCGUUGCCAUCGCAGUCACAGUGGGCAGUGUAUGAGGUGUCUUACUUGCGGUAGGAUUGGACACAUUGCGAAGUUUUGUCGAGCUAGGCCAUUGGAUACGCCACCAGUCAGACAGAUUGCAGCACCAGCAGCACCAGCAGCGGCACAUGUUUGCUUUGGCUGUGGUCAGCCAGGUCACUUCAUCAGAGAUUGCCCGAGGAAGGACAAUGCGGCACUUCCACCACCACCGAAGCGUCUAGCCAUCGCUCCACGUGUGUUUGCGGUUGGAGAUCCUCAGGGAGCUGAGCCGAUAGCAGGUAUGAGUCUUUUCCAUACUUGUUUGUGUUUGGGUAUUUUGGCUCGUGGUUGUCAUGUGUAGUUAGUAAAAAUCUCGUGUAGGAUCGGUUUUAGUUGGAGGAGAGUCAGCUUAUACCUUAUUCGACACGGGAGCCUCUCAUAGUUUUGUGAGUCCGCGCUUAGUCCAGUCUUGGUCUUUUCGUGGAGUCUUUGAACCGAAGGCUAAGCAGAUCCAGACUGCCGGCACGGAGAAGUUGGGUGCAGUUGGCAUUCAUCACGAUGUACCAGUUCUACUUGGAGGAGUCGAGUUGCUCGGAGAUUUGACGGAGAUGGAGAUGAGCUCCUACGAUGUUAUACUUGGGAUGGAUUGGCUGUCGCGACAUCGAGUAGUCUUGGAUUGUCCGAAGGCAAGAGUUAAUAUCCCUAGAGAAGAAGGAAA